UCUUCUUCCCAUUCACUUCUGCAGUUUCAUAAUCUUCUCUGUUGUUGAUAUUUUUAAGAGCCCUAUUUUAUUUAAUUAAUUAAUUAAAUUUAAUUUAAAUUCUAAUUUAUUUGUGAAAAAUGGGUAGUGCAACUUUUGUUGAUAUUAUUGUGGCAAUUCUUUUGCCUCCUCUUGGUGUUUUCCUCAAGUUUGGCUGUGAGGUUGAGUUCUGGAUAUGUUUGGUACUGACACUAUUCGGUUAUCUCCCUGGAAUCAUAUAUGCUAUCUACGCUAUCACCAAGUAGCCGGUCAUCUUCCAUUUUACCAUGGUGGAGAUAUGAAGGGCAAUAAAGUAUUUUCACAGUUUGGUGGACAGAACUGAUUGGUUUGGUAUUGCUGUUAGGUUGCCAGUCCUUUUCUUCUUUUGUUUUCUUUUGGUUAUCUAUUUGAAUUUCAUUUUAUUUUAUUUUAUAUUAUAAUCAUAAUAAUGUAAUGUAAUGUGUGGUUAUCUAUUUAUCGUAGUUUGUUUGUUUUGCUCCUUAUGUAUUAUUUCUUUAAGUAUUGUAAUUAUGACUUUCUUUUGAUGUAAAUGGUUUUUAUCAUUUAUUUUUAAAUUUUAUGGGCCCAAUUUGAUCUGA